AUGUCCACCAAUUCGAGUGCUAUCCAAGAGUCUAAACUAACAACAAACUCAAAAGAACCAGUCUUUAAGGACUACGCGCUGUACCGCAAAGACCGUGGUACCGGACGAGGUGGAGGUCUCAUCAUGCUCAUCCAUCACAGUAUUCCUUACACAAUCAAAAACCUACCUCCUACGUCAACAACAGGAAGUCAGGCCAUCACCAUCGGGGCCAACGGCACAGAUAUCAACAUCAUCAACAUCUACAUCCCUCCACAAUCAGUCUGCCCCUCCGGCUUCUCAGCUUCAAUAUUACAAUAUUUGACCAUCCCAAACGUGGUUCUGUUGGAAGACGUAAACGCGCAUGAUGCGCUUAGGUACUCCAGUUUGGAGGAUUUUUGUAGAGAAUCUUUAGCCAGCAAAAUUGAAAACUCAGGCUGCGGCACACUCAAUCUGGAUACCCCAACCCGAAGGCGAGCAGUUGAAAGUUACCCUCUGAGUCAUCUGUGGGAAAAGUUCACUAAAUCCCGGAAAUAUCUUGUACAGUACUUUAGCGUCAAGUUUAUGGGGAAAACUCAAGACGAACCCUGA